AUGCCUCUACUUUUUGGCUGCUUGCUAGCCCUAGCCGUUUUCGUUGCGCUUCCUGAUCCCACCUCUGCCUACCCAGCUCACUCGCAAGAUCUCGUACCUCGAAGCACGGGAGAGGUAGAUACCUACCCAAAGAGGCAGGAUACGACACAACUCGGUAAACGACGCCCAACGCUACCUGCCAUAUUCCUGAUCACCCUAGGAGUUGGGUUCCUGGGAACCCAGUCCCUGCUCGCCGGAUAUUCAAUGAGUACCGCAUGUGCCAACGCCAAGGGAGAAGCUCCAGGCGGAUGGGAAAAGGCAUGUAUUGCCGCAUUUGUCGAGGUACAAAUCGAGAGGGUAUUAUACACAUUCUUUGGCGUUCUGUUCGUCUUGGUCGGGAUCUAUGGAACCGGGAGAGCCUCACGCACGGAAGGGUUACAUGGCACCGAGGGCACCGAGUACGACGGCAUGGAUCCUGACCUGGAGCGAAUGUCCCGCAUGCAAGCCAUGAGGGCCCAACUCUGGGCCUAUCGCCAAGAGGACGACCCAGAGCUGGGUCUGCCCCGACGAAAAGGAAAAGACCGCCGGCAUUCCAACGACGGACAUCCAUCAUUGCUCGGCGAGAAAAGCUGUGAAGACGACGCGGACUUGAACUGUGUGCCGCACCGUGUGUGGUAUGACUCCCCCAGCACGGGCAGUCUCCACCGACGAAACGGCGCCGGCGACAUACACGCGAUCCAUCACACUCCUCUCGACUUUGACUUCCGCACCCCUUCGCGUCGACGCCGUGACAUUCAUAUCAACCCCGUCCAGGACCACUUCAACGACAACUACAUCGAAUGCGCCGGUGAAGAGGUGCCGUCGAAGAAAAACGACGGAUUUUUUAGUGGGACCGUCUACCGGAUGAAUCUGGAAUCCUUGAAGCAUGUGCAAUUGAAGAACGACUCCCUGAAGCUCGGCCACGAGAAACAAGCAUUGGGCGAUGCUGCGCGGGCGACGCUUCCGCGCAUGCAGCCUGCGCUGAAACAAGGCCAGGAAGGCAUGUUCUGCCUGGACUUCUUUGUCCAGGACACCGACGACAAGUGGCACUGGGGUAUUACGUCCUACUACUACCAAACCACGAAUCCGAAUCAUCAUUAUGGCCGCAAUGAGACCUUUCUGGAGAGUUGUGCGCGGGCAACUUAA